AUGAAAUUUCACGCAGUAUACGUCGUUGUUGGUAUUAUUGCAUGCCCAUUUAUUUUCUUCUGUAUAUUUGCUCCGAGUCAAUUAUUACAAGUUCAAGUAAUUGAACUUGCAAAUGGAUUCAAAUAUAUUGAAAAAAGUAAUUUUUCAAAUGAAUGGAAACAGACAAUUCAUAAAUAUUUAACAUUUCCUCUUGAUAAUCAUUAUGGUUCACAUACAAUUGUUCUUCUUGCUGCUGCAUAUGCUUCUGAAACAGGCGCAAUACUUGAAUUAGGUAUGGGUUCAUCAAGUACUCCGUUAUUACAUCGUUUAGCAGUAGAUCAAAAUCGUUUUCUUCUAUCGGCAGAUUCAGAUAUUCGAUGGGUUAAUUAUUUUGUAUCUGGUUUGGAAAAGACUGAAUUACAUCAAAUGAAAUAUGUUGAAGUUAAAACUGAAAUGGGUGUUGAAUGGGCUGCAGCUAAUCUUUCAGAUGCUGCAAAAUGGUCUAUUGUUUUUAUUGAUCAUCGUCCAGGCGGACGACGUCAAUUUGAUUUAAGAGCAUAUGCACUUCGAAGUACUCUUGUUCUUUUACACGAUACAGAAGUAGCUUCUAUGUAUCAAUAUACUAAUGCAUUACCAUUAUAUACUUAUCGAUAUCGUUUUACAAGAUUAAAAACUUAUACAGAUGUUUUAAGUAGAACAAAUGAAACAUUAGUUAAAAGAAUUCGUUUUUUACUUGAAUCAAUUCCAGAUAGUUAUUUUCAUACUAAUAAGACUUUAACAUAA